UUAUACUCUCUCUUAGCUGAGAUGGAGUCGCCAAGUUUGGUUUUUCUAAGCUGUUUCCUGAUACAAUGCUUCGGUAGGAGAUUUUUCUUAUAUUAAUGAUCAAUUUAUUCUAAAUGCGGAUAUAAACGUUCCUUGCUAAAUGACAGUAAGGAAUAAUAGUAGUUUUAAAUUGUCAGGUUAAAGAUGUGCUUUCAGUAUAGGGUUGCAGUAAAAAUGUAACCAUGAAUCAAUGACUGUGUUCUUUUUCCUUGAAGGGUCCACUCACUUUCAUUACCUAAAGAAAGAGGAGGAGGUAACACUGUCUUGUGAAACAUGUCAAUGGGAGGCUGAUGUGAAUUCAGACAACAUAGUGGACUGUGGUGUCAUAGACAGUAUUUAUAAAACAAACUCAAAAUGCCCGGCUCAAGCACAGGAGCUAUGCCAAGAGAUAAAGAGAAACAAAUCCACCAGUUGUGAAAUCCGUGUAAUGAGGGGAUUCUUUGCCUGUGUCAAUGCUACAUCUGACUCCUGCUUCAUGUAUCCAUUCAAACCCUCUUCUCAUCAUGUGGAGUCCUUCAUUGUUGCUCAGGCAGAACCAGACAUUGUGUCUGGACCUGUAAUGGACAAUUCAGUGCUUGUGUCUGGAGGAGAAUCAAUUAAUCUGACGUGCGGUUUUAAGACAAACAGGAGUUAUAACAAUACUCCUUUCGUGGUGUACUGGAUCAAGACUGGUGCUCAGAGCAGCACAUGUCUGUAUUCCUUUCAUUACGCUACAUUUGAUGAUAGUGGUGUUGAUGACCACUGUGCCAUUGACAGAGAUCUUCUGUUAAGGAGAUCAAACACAUCAAGACACUUCCUUGUUGACAACAACCAUUAUUUACACAUGGGACUUGGUUUCCAAAGGCAUUCAUGCUUAUCUUCAUAUGCUUGACUAAAUCAUUAUUGGUACAUUCUUGACACUAAACUAAACUAAAGCAUUUAACAUGAUAAUGUUUGUGUGUGUUGAAGACAAAUCAAAUACCACCGGAAAUACCACUGCUGGUAAAUUCAGUUUGACAUUUCAAAUGAAAUUAAUAAUAUUGAGCCCAAGUAAAUGCAAUGCAAUCUAAUGCAAGACACAAUUUGUCUCUAGAAAAUAAUCUUUUUUUUUUUAGGAACCCCCACAUAUGGUAGUACUGGUAAGCACAGCUGGAGGUGGGAAAGCAUGCAGUUUCCUCUGUUAAAAUACAAGGUAAAGCUGAAUCAAAAUCAUAUUUUCUGGUACCUACAGAUUCUCAUAACACCAUGAGAGUUGGUGUAUUAGUUGGUGUAUUAGUACCAGUUCUCCUCCUCCUCCCUGUCAUCAUCAUCAUCAUCAUCAUUAUACUGCUGAAAAGGAAAUCAGCUGAGACCAAAGUGUCUCAAACUGAAAUAACUCAAAGGUAACAUUUUAGAUUUUUGUGGUUGUUGUUGUUUAUUCAUUUUAAUUGUGGUGGGUCUCUGUAAAUGAAUGACAAAAGGGCUGUUAAUCCAACAGUAACUGUAUUGACAACUGUAAGUAUAAAGAUAUGAGCGUCCACACUGAUCAACCAUAGGGAAAACAUCUCAGAAAUAGAAUUUCACGUUUUAAUUUCGAUGCCUUUCAAAUUUGACAGAUUCUGAUUGGCUGUUAGUUUUUUAUCAUUCGCACAUUCGCUCUGAAAGUGAUGCCCAGCAAUAUUGUUCUUCAUUCCGUUAUCGUUAUAAUGUGUGCUGUACAAGUUGCCAUUGUAAUAAGCUCGAGUGAUAUGUGUUGCUUUUCUCUCAACUCUUCCCCAUGCUAUCCCUCCUCACUGCUGUCUCCUCUAGAUAUCAGAACGGGGAGGGAGUGGAUGAUGACGACUGUUCCCCUUAUGCGGUGGGCCAGGGUGAGCAGCAACCAACGUACUCACUCGUACAGCUGACCAAUCAGAAGACUGACCCUAUGUUCAGUGGGGAUGGAGAACUCACUUCAGACCCAUCAGCAGAUGAGGCCAUCAUGAGGAUGAACUCCAUAUAUGAAACCUCAGGUCCAUAGUCUCAAACUGCCUGUCAGGUUCUUGUGUGAGUUCUGAGUCAGGGACAUGAGAGGACUACUAGACAUCCUGCAUAAAGACCAAGAUUACAUGAUCGGCCUGUUUAUAACCCGUAAAUAACCGUAUUAGUCCUGUUUCAGUUAAAAUGAGGAAGGAACUCUUGCUGUCACAACUUCCUGACUGAAACCUAAAAUUCCGCCAGAUUAAUUCGUUUCUCUCUUUAGUCUUGCUAUAUCCUAUAAUGAUCCAGUUCCCUGCAGUUUCUCACUGUAGUCUUGCUAUACCCUGACCCAGUUCCCUGGAGCAAGUUCAUUGAAUAUCCAGAAAGGCAAGAAGCUGUAAAAUGGACAGCUUGCACACGCUUAACACUGGUAGUUGCAUCCAUUAUUUUUCAGUUAAUUUUUCAUUAUAUUUAAAACACCUGUAUGAAUGAAUGUUCCACUUUUUGAGCUAUGAUUUUAUAGGUAACUAGUGUUGGUAUCAUCUUCAAAUAUAUUUUGAUGGCAUCUGGUCAUAUAAAAGGCCGAUAAACACACCUUCUGUCCCCACUGGCUGCCCAGGCUAUGCACUAUGCAGUUCUGUAAUCUGGCUCAGAAACCCUGUGAAAAUGUAAGGAAACCUUUGACAGAACAGUGUUGCCAACUAUAUCUCCAAAAGACACCAGUGUCAACUGUGCUGUUGUUGUUUGCAAGGCCUUUGCAUGCCUUUUAGAUAGUUAGCUUGCUAGUUAAAUAGUCACUCAUUCUCUACGUGUUUUUCUGGUCUGUACAGGUUAACUGGUGGUAACCCUCAGAUACUGUAAAGACAACAACCUGUUUAUUACACUGAGGCUGUACAGAACCAAAACGAUCUCCUGUCCUUGUCAAAGUAUUGCUUCCACCAUACCUACAAUUCUGUUGGCCUAUGUUUCCAGGACCAUCUUUGGUACAAAUUCAUUUUUAUUUUGUUUACGGCAGUCUACUUUAGGUGGCUAGGUUGCUGCGCUCCCCACUAGAUGGCACUAUUGUGCUAUACUUUUCACCUUAAAGUAGGUAUUAAUAUGUCUAUACCACUGGGAAAUCUUCGAAGUUAAGCUUUUUCAAAAAUAAUUCAAAAGAUCAGGCUACUUCAAUACACGUCGGCGUAAAAUUAUAUAACUGAAAUUACAUAGCUAAAUAUGCAUGAAAAUGUUGUUUUUAGGAGCAGUCACUGGUUUUAGACCUGGAUUUUUGCCCGACGGUUUGUCCUCCCUUGCGUUCCAUAGCUCAAAUCUUGCUCUUAAUGUGAUACAUUUUCCAUGAUUAAUUUAAUCACAGCGUACACUAUCUAUAACGCCUGAAAGCGGUCAAGUUUUAUAGUCCCAUCUGGAGGAGUGGGCUAAGGAAUCCCAACAAUAACAUUGCAGGCCACACCCCCAACACAGUUGCAGGAGGGGCGCCAGAACAUCCAUGCUCUCGGCCCCUCCUCUUCGUGAAUAUGGCUGCAGCGUUUCCAUUGCAAGCUGCUUGCGCGAAAAUGUUGUCAAUGAUGACCCCCGGUUAGUUGACUUAGUUGAGAUAUAUCUUAACUGUCUAAAGGAGAAAGGAGAGGAGAAGCUGCGAUAGUUUAUUGCCCUACUUUCAGUAUAUAUCCUGUGAAUGCAUCAAGGAUGCAAGAUUUUCGCUAACGUUGCACGGACCAGCAACAACCCGCUGGUCGGUCGGGUUUGACGUUGGCAAAGUUCGGCAAUUUAAGAUUCAUCUGUCAGCUGCUCACUGUUCUGCUAUAGCACUUGGAUUUUAUUUCAAGUCAACCAACAUAGUCUGCCUGGGGGGCGACGGAAAGAAACGGGAGGAAUUGUGCGUGUGAGGUGGUCCCGUGUCUGGUGAACUAAAUGGGGAUUUUCAACUCAAGACUAUGGACUUUAUUAAAGCUCAGGCUUGGAGAUCAUUAGCCAGCAGUAGCUUGGUAGCCUGCUAAGAUAGGUAGCUAACCAGCUAACAUUUAAGUCGAUUUGUUUGGAUGUUGAACCUGUCCACUGUGCAGACUGACCAGCCGUGCACUGGACAAAUAUUUAUGCGCCCACUUCGGUCGUUUUCUGAGUCGAAUAAUCUGUGCAGUGUAUUAAGGUAGCUCUUCAGCUAACUGGUUGCUAACAUGUUUUCGGUGAAGCCGCUGAAGCCGACAUUUAAGUCCUAUCUCCCCCCUUUACAGACUGACCUGAAGAAAAGUCCUCAGCUGACAAUCCGGAAACUUGAGGCAAAACUCCUCCCAGGGGAGAUCGUGGUGAACGAGGCGAACUUUGUGAGGAAGUGCAUCGGCGCCGACAGCAGCCAGGACGACCUCUGGGGGAAGCUGAUAUGCACCAACUUCAAGGUCUCCUUCAUCACCCAUAAUUCCCUGCCCCAGCAGAAUUUCAAGUAUGUCCAUCGUCUCCUGGGGGAGCAUGACGUGCCUUUGGCAUGUGUGGAACAGGUGGUCACAGUAAACGAUGUCAAAGGGAAGCAGAAGGUGCUGGGCUCCAACAAGAAGCUGAAGUUUAACCCCACUGAGCUGAUCCUCUACUGCAAGGACCUCCGCAUCCUCCGCUUCCGCUUUGACCAGGCCGGGCCAGAGAGCGCCAAGAAGGUGUGUCUGGCCAUCGCUCACUACUCCCAGCCUGCUGACCCCCAGCUGCUGUUCGGCUUUGAGUAUGUAAGCAGUCGCUACUACGGCUCCUCAGGUGAGCGGGUGAAUGGAGUUGACCCCGGAGGAGGGCAGCAGACGCCGCUGUUUGACCGUCCCUCUGACUGGGACAGAGAGAUCAAACGCACUGGAGCCUCAGAGUGGAGAGUGUGCUCCGUCAACGAGGGCUACACCAUCUCACCCAGCCUGCCAGAGUACUUUGUGGUUCCAGCCUCGCUAGCGGAUCAAGAUCUGAAACAGUAUGCAUGUUCCUUUACGGGCCAACGCAUACCGCUGUGGUGCUGGAAUCACCCCAACGGAAGUGCCUUGGUUCGAAUGUCCAGUAUCAGUGACCCACAACAGCAGAGGAAACUGGACCAGAGAAUCUGCAGUGCCAUCACUAAGAGUCACCCCCAGCGCUGUGAUGUGUUCAAGUCCGAUCUGGACAAGCAGCUGCCCAACAUCCAGGAAGUACAGGCCGCUCUCGUGAAGCUCAGGCAGAUCUGUGUCAUUGAGCCUUUUGAGGAAUCAGAGGAGAAAUGGCUGUCGUCCUUGGAGAGCUCGCGAUGGAUGGACUAUGUCAGAGCUUUUUUGAGGCACGCCGUGGAGGUUGUGUACACCCUGGAAGGAAAACACACUUCUGUCAUUCUGCUAGAAGAGGAGGACCGUGAUCUGAGCUGUGUGGUGGCCGGUCUGGUGCAGCUGAUGUUAGACCCUCACUGCCGCAGCCUGCUGGGCUUCCAGGCCCUCGUGCAGAAGGAGUGGGUGAUGGCCGGACACCGCUUCCUCGACCGCUGCAACCACCUCAAGAGGAACGAAGAAAGAAGGAAAGAAGAGUCUCCUCUGUUCCUGUUGUUCCUGGACUGUGUGUGGCAGCUGCUGAAUCAGUACCCAUCUGCAUUUGAGUUCACCGAGACGUACCUGACAGUGCUCAGUGACAGCAUGUGGAUCCCCAUCUUCAGCACCUUCCUCUUCAACUGCCCCAAACAGAGGGCAGAGCACAGCAGGGACUUUGCCCGCAGUAGGAGCAUCCGUCUUGGGCAGGACCAGGCCCUGCGCUUCCCUGCUGUGUGGGACUGGUCGCAGCAGUUCAGCCCCAAGGACCAGACCCUCUUCAACAACCCACUCUACGUGGGCAAGGGCGCCACCUGCGUGCAGAAUGGGGCGGUGAAGACCUUCAAACGCACCAAGAAGAGCUACAGUUCCACACUACGUGGUCUCCCCCCAGCUCUGCGGAAUGGGCAGCUGUCGGAUCUGGACACCCUCCCACGGCGGAACUCUCUGGUUCUGCGUCUGCGUCCCGAGCUCGGCCAGGCUCGCGAGCCGUGCGAGACGCCAUGCGAGCGUUUCGUGCGGGAGCGCUUCUCCCGCCCUGCCGACCCCCAGGGCAUGCUUCUGCCCCAGCUGCUGCCCUCGCACCUGUCCCUGUGGCGCCUCUACUUCCUGCGCUGGGUGCCCGAGGCCCGCAUCCCCCACGGAGGCCCCGCCACCGCCUUCCACAAGCUCUCGCUGCUUGUCGACGAGAUCCACACCCUCCAGAGCCGCCUCCGCCACUACAACACCUCCAACUCCACCCCAACCCCCACCGGACCCCCUCCCCCAGCUCCUUCUCUGGCCCUCAGCCCCCCUCCAAACCCCCCUCAGCGGCCCCACUCCCUGUCCCGGCCCCAGCCUGAGCAGCAGCAGCAGCAGCAGCAGCAGCAGCAGCAGCAGCACCAUGGCCGGAUGUACUUCCGCACGUCUUCCUCGGCCCCGGCAGGCACCCCCUCCACGCCCGACUACCUGAGCUCCUCGUUCCCCUUCUCGCCUGAGGGGAACCUGUGCCGCCGCGGCCUGCUGGGAACGCCCCUCAGCAAGCUGCUGAGUGGAGCUCGCAUCUGGCUGUCAACCGAGACGCUGGCCAAUGAGGCGCUCUGAAUGGGGUGGGCGCCCCACCUGAUCCACCACCGCACAGGACCAGGAAGAGAAGAAAAAGGCAGUGGUCAUAGGAAGAGGAAGUCAGUGAAGCAGGAAGUGAGGAGGAAGCAAUGAUUUGGUACCUCAUGGCAAGAGGACUUUGUGUGUGUGUGUUUGGGCGUGUGUGGGUGGGCGGGCGUGUGUGUGUGGACGUGUGGGUAGGAGGGCGGUCGUGUUUUUGCACAAAAUGAUUGGAAAUGGACAUCGCUUGCACAACUCCCCUCUUUUUCCUCUAAGCUCUUUGAGUUGACAUGCAGUGACUCUGUGGAAUGUUUCUCACUGUAUUUUUGUCUUGGGUUAUUAAUAUGACAUGCAGAGCCUCUAGUGUGGGGGAGAGACGGGUUAAAGGCUGUGUGAUUAAGGACUCUAACCUGUGGAACAGCACCUCUCUCCUCCUCAGCAGAGUUAGUGUCAUCUAACCCUUUGACCUCUCCAGACCUGCCGGCUGGGUCUCAUCACUGCUAUUAUUCACCAAACUAACCAACCAAAAUGAUGAACUUUGUGUGAGUGUGUGUGUGUCCUUCUCUCUGCCUGUGGGUUUGUGUGUGUGUCUGUAAGUUAGUAAGGACCGGAGUGUGGAUAGCUAUAGGUACAGGUUGUAGGAAGACAGGAAGCAGCAUACUCUGGCUGUGGUAAAAUAUAGGACCCCAAUUGGGCUGGCUGGAUCCUGCCCGAUGAUAAAUCCACUUAGGCGAGGACUGCUGAGCAAAUCAGCUGGUUGAUUUGUCAUCACUAUUUCUUUCUAUGUGUGUUUCCCUGCAGGAUAGUAGAGAGAGAGAGAGAGAGUGUGUGUGUGUAUGCUCAGCACUGCAGAGCACCAUGUGUGUCCUUCUGUGUGUGCUAACUCAGAACCUCAUGGACAUAACGCUUAACUCUUUAACCCCCAUGCCCCUCUCCUGGGUGACGUGACCUGAUGCCUCUCUAGCGUGGCAGUGUCGGUGGUGGGAUGCGGAUGCGGUGCCCUCCUCAUGGGCAGCGGUUAGCUUAAUGAUGUACAGUUUGGUUUGCUUGAAUUUCUAGAUUUUUCUAUUUUUUUUUAAUAUGGUACUUAUUUUCAUCCCUUAUGACUAUGGAGUAAUGAACAUUAUUUAUGUUUAUUUAGUUUGUUUUUAUUUUAGUGCUAUAUAGUGUACCACUAAACGAAAAUCAAAAUGGUGGAGUGUGUUGUGUUACUUCGCUGUCCUGGCAUGGCACUUCUGCUCACCAUUGGACUUCAUUUGAUGUUUCUAAAUUUGAUUUUAUAAAGUAUACUAUAUAAAGUAUAUACAGCACUGAUAUUUAUGUGAUGUACAAAGAAUUCAGCAGCUGCAAAAAGCAAAUUAAUCCAACCUAAAGAAAAGAACAGAGACUGUGGAUCUCUUUUGUGCCUUUUUACCCCUGCUUAAUGGUCGAUGCAGACCAGGGUGUCAGUGUGCCCUCUAUUCCUCUCUUCAUCCCUUUCUCCUCCUCAUCCUAUCCCCUCGUCUCUCUGUCAGGAAGAAGGAAGUAGAGACUGGAGCUGACUUCAAAGCUGUGACCUUAGACAGGGGCUGCUGGGACUUGUAGGCUCAUAGGCAUUUUUGGUGUGAGAUUGUGGGUAAUGAGUUUUGGAAGUGAGCUAAAGGAGUGGCUCCCAGGUGAUGAUGGCCAUUGGGCAGAUGGCAGGAAGUGAGUGUGCUGGAUGGACAGUUACCAUGGCAACUAUUGGGCACUAUGGUAACAGGGUGGGGGGUCUUCAUGUAAAGCCAGUGACUGUCAUAAUAAAGGUUUUAGUGCUAAUAAAAACAAAAAGACUUAACACAAA